AAUAAAUCAAAAGAGAGUCAAAUCAAUAUCCUUAAUCAUCCCUCAUACGUUUCUUUCCUUUCUUUCUGUCAUUCUUUCUUCACUUUCCUAACAAGAACGCUUUCAAUGACUACAAGCAAUGUGCUAUGCUAUCAACACACAAAAGAAGCAUAACAUUCACCCACCAAAAUUGCCUCAUCAACCACACUUUUUCUCUUCUCUUACGAAACCUCUGUCUAAAGAACACAAAAAACGUGUGCACACAAAACCUAACAAAAAAAAAAAAAGACCAAAUUUUUAUGCAUCAAACAUUGAAGAUCCUAGGUGGGUUUUGCAUCAUCACAUUCAGUUUUCAAAAGGGUCAUUGAAAAUCACCUAGAAAAAGAGAAUGGCUCAGUUUCAAGGUGAUUUGGAUCAUGAGGGUAUUGAUUAUAUGUUCAAGGUUGUUAUGAUUGGUGACUCUGGUGUUGGAAAAUCUCAGCUUUUGAAUAGAUUUGUUAGAAAUGAGUUUCAUUUGAAAUCUAAAGCUACAAUUGGUGUUGAGUUUUUGACCAAGACUGUUCUUAUGGAUCAUAAACUUGUCAAGGCUCAGAUUUGGGAUACUGCUGGUCAAGAAAGGUACCAAGCAAUUACGACUGCAUAUUACAGAGGUGCAACUGGUGCAUUGCUCACAUAUGACAUAACCAAGCGCCAUACCUUCAACCACAUCGAAAAGUGGCUAGAUGAACUACAUAAUCAUGCAGAUAAAAACAUAGUUGUCAUGCUUGUUGGCAACAAGUCUGACCUGAGUUCAAUCCGAGAAGUGCCUAUCGAGGAAGCCGAAGACUUAGCAAAACAGAAAGGUCUCUUCUUCAUUGAGACAUCGGCACUUGACUCAAACAAUGUAGAACCAGCUUUCCUUGGUCUUCUCUCACAAAUAUAUGUAACAAUGAGUAAGAAACACAUCACUGCAGAUGGACGUGAACGAAAUUGGGAUAAAGUAAAUCUUGAAUUUGAGGGAACAAAAUUAUUGGUCUCAUCGCAAGAACCGGAGUGUCAAAAAUCUAAAAAGAGAUUCAGCUGUUGCAGUGUUUUUUAGAAUAUAUAUCAUCCCUUGUUCUAUUGAUUAUGUAUAUAGCAAGUAUACUCUGCCAUAUUUUUGGCCCUUCAAAUUUUUUAUGUAUUUUUUUAAGGAUAGUUAUUAGGCAUAUUUUUUGCUUUUGAAGUCACUUUCUAUGUUAUUUUGAUUGACAUUGAUAUGAAAUCAGCUACCGUUCAAAACA